CUAGAGUCUUGGUUGCAAGCGGAGGCAGGAAAAGGCUAAAGAUUAGAUUUGUAUGAAAAGACAUUAGAAACCAUGUUUCGAAGACCUGUAUUACAGGUGCUUCACCAGUUUGUAAGACACCAAUCUGAGGUAACAAGCAGCAGCUUGGUUCUUGAGCGAUCUCUGAAUCGUGUGCAGUUACUUGGACGAGUGGGCCAGGACCCUGUGAUGAGACAAGUGGAAGGAAAAAACCCAGUCACGAUAUUUUCUCUAGCAACAAAUGAGAUGUGGAAAUCGGGAGAAAAUGAAGCGUAUCAGAUGGGUGAUGUCAGUCAAAAGACAACGUGGCAUAGAAUAUCAGUAUUCCGGCCAGGCCUCCGAGAUGUGGCAUAUCAGUAUGUGAAAAAGGGGUCUCGAAUAUUUGUGGAAGGGAAAGUAGACUAUGGUGAAUAUACAGAUAAAAACAAUGUGAGGCGACAAGCAACAACAAUUAUAGCUGAUAACAUUAUAUUUCUGAGUGACCAGACCAAAGAGAAGGAAUAGAGUGGAUGAUUCUUCUUUGGACAUUUAUUCUAAAUUUAUUUCUAAAUCAUGUAUAAUGUGUAGUAUUAAAAAUUUCUAAGGGCAAAAAUAAAAAUUCUCUUUUAU